GAAUGUAACGAACCACUUUUGGAUAGAGCUCACUUAACAGCAACUACAUCAUUGUCUGAAAGAGGACCGAGUAAUGCCAGACUCAAUGGUGGAUGCUAAAUAGCCUGGUAUUUUUAAAGACAAGAUUUUUUUCAAAAACAGUUUAACAGAAGGAAGGAAAUCAGAAUUUAUGCAUUAAAUAAGAUUCGCUUAAUGGUAAAGAAAAUGUUUCAAACUAUUAGAUGGGCAUUCAAUUGGAAGGAAUGGAAUCCAAGUGAAAAAGACUUUGCACAUGCAAUUUCUUGCGUACAGUUAGAAGAGAAAGAAAGAUUAGGCAGAUUUAUGUUUCGUAAGGAUGUUAGGGCUUCUCUUGUAGGAAGAUUGAUGAUGAGAAAAUUUGUUAACGAGUAUGGACACAUUCCAUAUAAUAAUAUAGUAUUUACCAGAGAUAUUCAUAACAAACCAGUUUUAAAGGAUUUAUCCUUGACCUUAAAUUUCAAUGUAUCGCAUCAUGGUGAUUAUACAGUUCUAGCCGGUGAAACAAGGAAUGUAAAAUUAGGUAUAGAUGUAAUGAAAUUAGAGUAUACCGGUGGUAAACAAUUGUCUGAAUUUUUUCGAAUAAUGAGCAGAAAUUUCACGUCUUCAGAAUGGAAUGAGAUAAAAAACUCAAACUUAGACGAGUUAGGACAAAUUAGUAUGUUCUGUAGACAUUGGGCUUUGAAAGAAAGCUAUUUGAAAGCUAUAGGUAAAGGUAUUGUUACUGAUCUUGGAGAAAUUGAUUUUAAAACAAAUUCACUGCUUAGAGAAAAUAGUAUUAUAACUGAUACAAUUUUAUAUAUAAAUGGCAUAAAACAACAAUGGUUAUUUGAAGAAACGUUAUUGAAUUCACAAUAUUGUGUUGCUGUAGCAUUACAAGAAAAUGAAAGUGCACCACGGUCACAGAACAAUCUUUUUCGCACCAUAAAUAGCGAUGAACUUUUAGCAAAUACUGUCUCCAUGUUUCCGCAAGAUUUUGAAUAUGCACAAAAUUAUUUAAGAAAAGAAGAAUACCCAUGACUUUGUAUUUUGUAUAUUAUAUGUAUAUUAAUGUAUAAUAAAGGUGUACAGAUAUAACAACUCUAUAUGAAUUUAGUCAGUGAGUGUAAUAAAAUAGUUUGAAAUACAA